CUGGUUUCUUACGCACAGUAACAUCAACAAUUUUUGUUGCAUUCUUAUUCAUGUAAACCUUUAUGUACAGACAGCAUCGUGCAAAUACCUUAUGAGAUAUUGCCAUCGUUCAGGUAGAAAACAUUGGAUGCCAUGAUGCUACUGGUCUUUAUACUUCUUUUGGAUCAAAGUUUGGCGGCUCACAGAACUUUGGACAAUGAAACAUGUAUGAUUGAAGUCUCCAAGCUGCAAAAGCAGUUACAACAUUUACAGGCUCAGUUCCUACUUGGAACAUGGCGACUAAAGCAUUUGAAGGAACACAAUGACUACUGGACAAAGAAAAACACAACAACAGAAAAGAAUGAACAACAGACCACAUUACAACCAAUUACUUCACAUCAGUUUGCAUAUCACCAUGAUUGUUCAGAUAUUUAUAACAGUGGUGAAACCACAAGCGGCUAUUACCAAAUCAAGCCAAAAUCUAUUGCUGAACCAUUUCUUGCAUACUGUGACAUGUCAGAUGGGGGAGGAUGGACAGUUAUUCAACGUCGCAGUAAUGGCAAAGUGAAUUUUAACAGAGGCUGGGAUGACUAUAAAUCAGGCUUCGGAUUAUUUCAAAGAAGGAAAGAUGAAUAUUGGCUUGGAAAUGAAAAGAUACAUCAAAUUCUGGCUGCAGGAAAGUAUUUAUUAAAGUUUGACCUCACAGACUGGAAUGGAGAUAAGAGGUACGCUACCUAUGAAAAGUUUAACGUCUCAGAUGAAAUGGAUAAAUACAGGCUAACAUUCGGAGCUUAUAGUGGGAAUGCAGGCGAUUCAUUGUCUGGUGGCCUGGUCCCAGAGAUUCAGUGGUCAGUUUCUCACAAUGGGAUGCAGUUCAGCACUUCAGACCAGGACAAUGACAGAUACCUACUUGGGAGUUGUUCGCAAGAAACAAAAUCCGGUUGGUGGUUUAACAGGUGUCAUGCAACCAACCUUAAUGGAAAAUAUUAUCGACACGGCAACUACACUGGAAAGUAUGAUAAAGGAAUUAUCUGGUUCACCUGGACAGGCUGGUGGUACUCUUUGAAAUUCACAGUCAUGAAAAUCAGACCACUCUACUUCUUCCCAAGUGCUGGAAGUGGAGAUUAUGAGAGCAAAACGGGGUAACAUUCAUUUGACAAGCAGUUAUAUCUUUAAUACCAAAUGUCAGGUUGCUUUUACUCAAAACAGAGAGAAAUAUUAUGGAGUUCAACCUUUGUAUUUUGUACGUUAAUUCAUUGUUAAGUGGGUCAUUCUAAUUUUUGUGACAAUUUAAGAAUUGUAAUGACAAAAUGUCAAGCCGUGUCAGCCAUUUUAAUUAGCAGAAUUACCAAUCUGCAGAUAGCACGUUAAUAAUGACAAAAUGAGGGCUAGGGAAGGGAUAUUUAACUUGCAGAAGGCCAAGACGUUUGAUAGAUCCAAUGUCUGAUUUAAUAUACAGCUGAGCCUGUAAAUAGCUGAGCAGUUCUGGUCUCCUGAAAUUAGUGAAGACUAAAUAUGGAAAUCAAAGUUUACACUGGUUAUAUAAAACUUGGAAAACAUAGAAAAUAGGUGCAGGAGUAGGCCAUUCAGCCCUUCUAGUCUGCACUACCAUUCAAUAUGAUCA